AUGGGCAGCGGCCCUGCCAUGCUCGCGCUGCUGCUGCUCGCGCCGAAACGACCGCGGCUCCCCCGCAUGGCCGCCAUCAUCAACGCAAACAACACGCCAAAACGGCGCCGGGGCCUGCCGCCGCUGCCCACGGCGCUCGUCCGCGGCGGCCGGCGCGGCACGUCCCUCAAGGCCCCGCCGGUGGUCCAGCCGGCGCCGCGCCUGCCGAUCGCGAAGGCGCUCGCGGCCUUCGCGGCCCUCGCGGCGUCCGCGACGCUCGCGCUGUCGCGGCUCGAGUGCUCGCUGCCGGACGCCGCGUGGCUCGUCGCCACGACGGCCACGACGACGGGCUUCGGCGACGUCGCGCCGAUAACGCCCGCGGGCCGCGCCGUCUGCUGCGGCGUCGCCCUCGCGGGCUUCGGCCUCGUGGGCACGCUCGCCGCGCGCGUCGUCGACGACUGGGUCGCUCGGCAAAGAAACCCGGGCCGGCGGCGGCGGCGGUCCGGGCUCCGCCUCGGCCUCGCGGCGGCGUGCCUCCUCCUGUUCGGCGCCGCGGGGCUGCGGCGCUGCGACGGCCUCGCGUGGGGCGACGCGCUCUACCUGUCGGUCAUGGUCGCGACGACGACGGGCUACGGCGACGUCGUCCCGUCGGCCGCGGGCCGGCCCUUCGCGGCGGCCUUUGGCCUGUUGUCCGCCGUGACCUUCUCGAAUUUGGUCGGCGCGCUCGCCGUCGCGCCCCUCGAGCGCGAGCUCGCGGCCGCGCGGCGCGCGGCGCUCGUGUC